AUGGAGCUCACCAUGGAGAACCUUCACAGCAUCUCGCACUCCCAGGCGGGAGACCUCAUGAGCUCUCCGCACGCGCGGCCGUCGCCGUCCCCCAGCUCCGCUUCCCGGAAUCUGGUCUCACACGCUCCCGGCGCGCGGACAGCCAUGGUCUCCGGCAUGGCCUCACUCCUUGAGAGCUCUGGUGGGGACUACCGGACAGACCCGUCUGCGCUGUCCGGACACCUGCACCCGUCCAUCAGCAUGUGCGAGACCGGGAUGAGCCUUAGUAACACAUACACCACGCUGACCCCUCUGCAGCAUCUACCUCCGAUAUCCACCGUCUCGGAUAAGUUUUCCCACCCACACACUCACCACCAUGCUGCCGCCCAUCAACGACUCUCCGCCGGGAACGUCAGCGGCAGUUUCACGCUGAUGCGGGACGACCACCGGGGGCUCGCCUCCAUGGGCAAUCUGUACAGUCACUACCCCAAAGAGAUGUCCGUGUCCGGUAUGGGCCACGGCUCGCUCUCCCCGCUGUCCAGCGGUCUGGGUUCUUUGCACAACUCCCAGCAGCCGCUGUCAGCCUACGGUCCAAGCGCACACCUCUCCACCGACGCCAAGAUGCUCUCUCCGGUGUCAGGGUUUGAGUCCCACGCCUCCAUGCUGUCCCGAAGUGACCAAGAGCACCUGGCCAGGAGUUUAGGAGGUCACGGCCACGGUAUGAUCUCCAACCUCAAUGGCAUGCACCACCACCCGCACAGUCACCUCCACUCCCAGGCGAACGGCGCGGUAAUGCUGGGGGGCCGCGAGAGGCACGGCCACGGAGCCGGGCAGGGAGGAGCAGGGUCAGGCAUGCAGGCGGAGGAAAUCAACACAAAGGAAGUGGCUCAGCGGAUAACGGCCGAGUUAAAACGGUACUCCAUCCCGCAGGCCAUAUUCGCCCAGAGGAUCUUGAGCCGAUCGCAGGGAACCCUGUCAGACCUGCUACGGAAUCCCAAACCCUGGAGUAAGCUCAAGUCAGGCCGGGAGACCUUCAGGAGGAUGUGGAAGUGGCUGCAGGAGCCCGAGUUUCAACGGAUGUCUGCUCUACGGCUGGCCGCAUGUAAACGUAAGGAGGAGGACCGAGGACGGGACCGCAACCAGGUGCCAAAGAAGCAGCGACUGGUCUUCACCGACCUGCAGCGUCGCACUUUGGUAGCCAUCUUCAGAGAGAACCGCCGCCCCUCCAAGGAGAUGCAGAUCACCAUCUCCCAGCAGCUGGGCCUAGAACUCUCCACCGUCUCCAACUUCUUUAUGAACUCACGCCGCCGCUGUACGGACCGCUGGGACACAGAGGAGCACAAUCACGGGGUGCAUGGCCACGUGCACACUCCUCAUGGAAACAGCAACAACAACAACUCACCGAUCCAACCUGGUACCUCCUGUGCAGCCACUUUCUCUAAGGCCUGACGGUGGCAGGACGGAUGGUUGAACAGAUGCACGGAGGAUGGAGGGGGGGGAUGUUUUUCACUAAAGCACUCCUGCAGAGCUACAGGGUGUUAAGCUUCACACCACUCAUCUGAUUCAUCUGCUCAGAGUGCUGAUGACUUGUGCAGAUGAAUCAGAUCUUCUCAAUGCUCCAUGUGUUUUCUUUCAAUCUGAAUGUUACUCUUAGGGGUUAACAUGCAUUUCAAAUUGUGGUUCUUCAAACCAAAGAUCCAGUAGCUUUAAGAGAGGUGCCCUGAAACAACCACACGUUGAGCUGAGUAAAUCCAACUGAAAACCAAAGGAAAUCCAUCUACACUAAACCGCACUGUGGGUCUGUGUUGAAGCCUUGAAAGGAGGAGGUUUUGCUUUAGGAUCCUCUGCUGAUUGUCAGGAUGUAAACACACCAAAGAAUUACUCAUGACAGGGAACAGAUAGCUUUAAGACAGGAAACCUUGAGCAGCCGCACGUUGGUCUUCACAAAUCAGCCAGAAAUCAGACAGUGGAUGUGUCUGCUGGGCCGUGAUCAACCACUCCACAUUUCAGUAACAGACACUGAGGCUGAUUGAGAGGUAUGUUUGUGUGUCAAGUGUCUGUUAGAUGCUCUCGGCAGGUCCUUUGACCUGCUAACCACAUACCACUUUCGCGGCUCUGCAUCACUGCAGGCGUGUGUGUACAUGUGUGUAAUAUUCACAUGCUUCGGGUUGCUUCUGGGGUGUAUUCCUCUACAGUGAUUCGGCCUGCUCCACGUCAGAGUAACAGUGCCACCUGCUGUCCAUUUAAACCACAGCUAAACAAGUUUGAGCAUGUAGGUGCACCUCCAGUAUGUCUCCCGCAGGCCUACCUCAACACAGUGUAGCCUGCAUUGUAGAUUUCUAUUAGGAUAAAGAUACCAAUACUCCAUAUAAGCAGGAGUGUAGCCCUGCAAACACCAAACAAACUGAGACACAAUGAUAAAACUUAAAAAAAUGUACUCACAAACCCUUUGAUACACAUUUGAAUGUUUGUUUCUUAUGACUCGUUGUACGGCAACAUGGCCAUAGACCGUGUAGCCACUUGAGAGGUUAUUUUCAGGUUAAAAAAAGGAGAACAAUCAAACAGGGAUGACACUCCCCACAUUUAAAAAGUGUCAUGCCCAAAUGUAGGGAGUGAGGGAGGGGGGGGGGUCUGCUCUGUUCUAGUGGCCAAACGCAGAGGUCAAAUGUCACAAUAUAGGAUCCUGAGUGCCAAUGAUGUUUGCCUCUUUAUGAUAAUCAGAGAACAGGUGCAGCCCGCUCCAUCGCCAUGUGCCCCGUUGUGUCUGGCCUGUGUCAUUACAACCGUCAAACUGCGAGCACUACACAGGCACGUUACCUAUUCCAUACCUCAGAAAAACAUUGAUGUGAUCGACAUGAAACACAAUGAAAAUGACUGUAAAUAAUAUUUAAUUUCAUCUCUCUUUCUCUCUCUGUCUCUCUGUCUUAUCUAUUCUCUAUUUAUCUACUCUCUUGCUACUCCCCCUGUUGUGUCUUUCUUUCAUUUCUCCCUCCUUAACUAUUGAUGCGGGUAAUAAUAGUACCAUAGACACAUGGUUUCUCUCUAGUGACUUUUGUGCUAUGUUGUGCUGAAACUAUAUGUAAAGAAGCACCUUGUUGACAAAAUGUAAAAACUUAAAGAUGAAAAAAAAAGAAAAAUGAACAUAGACUGAUCCUAUGCACAGAAGAGGAAGGAAUACCACAAAUGAGGAACUGUGCAUAUUUGUGAAUACCUGUGUGAUGGAAGGACCUCUUCCUUCAUCUCUGAACUUUGAGCCCUUUGAACUGAACUGUCACUGCAUUCCUCUGCUGAUGGUGUUUUUGGUUACCAUGAGAACCGCCUCAUUUCUUUGUGUCUUUUUAAAUUUUUUUGUGUGGGCAAAGCCACUUGUUGUAUAGCAUCUUCUAGCGGGAGAUAAUCAUAUUAGAGAGGAGAUGCAGACAGGUGGAAGAAGGGUGCAGCUGAGCAUCAGAGGCCCAUCAUCAGACUGGAGGGAAACAUUUAAGUGACGUUCCUUCAUAGUUUGGGUUCUGCUUGUGCACUAUAACAGAUUCCCUGUUGGAGGUGUCAUUUAAGAUGUUUUCUAGAGUCAAGAAGGGAACAAAACUGUAGCUUUUUAGUGCAGAUAUUUGAAGCUCAGACCCAAAGCAAAGAGUUAGUGAUGGAAACAGUUGUGUGUGUGUGGCUACCUCACAGAAUAGAGUGGACUGUGACACAGCCAUCAACCAUCAAUACCAAAGAUACUUCAAGCCUGCCGUGUUCACACCGGACCUGGGACGUGCACACACAUGCAAACACAACACACAUGCAGAUAUACUGCAUGCUGCUGAGUGCACAUCCACACUUCCACAGAGCAGUCGUGCUGCGUGACAAACACACAGAGGUGUUUGUUAUGUGGGAAGAGUUGAGUGCCUUUUUCCUUCAACCAGGGGUUGGACUGCUCUGCACACACGCACGCACGCACACACGCACACACGCACGCACGCGCGCGCGCGCACAAACACACACACACACACACACACACACACACACACACACACACACACACACACACAUGCACACAGUGUUUAAAGUGAAGGGGGGGCACACAUUGGAUGAAGGGGGGGCACACACUGGAUGAAGGGGGAGCAACACAGGAGGAGGUCCUCAUGACAUAAAAAAGCCACUUUUGUUUGAUUUCAACUAGCACUUUUUUGAAAAAAAAAAAGUAAAAAAGAUUGUUAACCGCCACCAUUUUGUUUUGAUAUGUUUUUACAUGCUGGUGAGACGAUGUCAUCUCACACAGAGACCUCUCCAUGAUACACACAUGUACACACACUCCCACCAGAGAUAUUUUUGUGUAAUUUAUAACCAGAGUGUAAGUGUGUGUGUGUGUAUCGGACUGUUUACAAAGCCCCUCUAAUCCUGCUCUUUCAUUGGCUCACAUCUAAAACUUUAACCUUUGUAACAACCAACCAAUGAUCAAUCAGUGUAGAAAUGAUGAGACCUUUCAGCUCCAAAAGACACAUGAUGCCCGCCGGUGACCCCCGCCCAUCCAAACCCUCUUCGCUGGUUCCCUCCGUCCAGGGUAGCAUCACAACGAGGCAGGCAUGUGUAGACAAUUCAUCUCGAUAUACCUCAAAUCUUUAUUGUAAAGGUUAAUAUAGUGAAACAAUAAUGACAAUGUUUAGCGGUGAGAGUGACAUUAAAGUCACAGCAAAAUGAUUGUUCCGUUUUAUAAGGUUUGUUUAAAGGAGCGUGUGCAGUAUAAGCCGUCUUAUGGUUUGACAUCUUUUGUAAUCUGUUAAUUUAUUGUUUGUAGGUUUGCAUGUUGUCCUUUUUUGGAGUUAAGAGAAACACUAAAAGGAGGUGUAAGGAUAAUUGAAGAGGUAGGAAAGGACGUAAUAUAUAAUAAUGUAGCAGUAGGGGAGGAAGAAAUCAGUGACGAAAGAUUAUGAAUACAAAGAAAGAUGUAGGAAUUGAGAACGUUGUUAAAGAUCAAGUUGAAAAUGACACAUCAUCUGUUUUGCAUCACUUUUUGGCUUAUUUUGUGUUUGACAAUUGUCUUCUGUGUGUGUUAAAGUGAUUCCCAUAUUAAAAAAAAGAAGAACCAACCAAGCACCUCUGUCAUUAGGGUUGGGAUGAGCGAUUCUUUUAUGCAUGGAUACUAUAUAAGUGUAUAUAAACUGCAGGAUGAACUGUACCUCUACAGGUGGAGAGGGGGAGAAACAGGGGAAAAAAACAACUGGGUUUUGGUUUCCAAGUACAUUCUUUUUAGCGUCUUUCAUGUGCUGUUUGUGUAUUUGUAUAAAAUAUGUGUGUUUGUAUGUGUAUCAGCUUCAUCGCUGUGUGUCUUUCCUCCUGUUGUAACCCUUCCCUUUGUGUAGAAAUAGUCUCCACACUUCCAUGUCUGUAUCUACCCUUUGUUUCAUCACACAGUUGGUAGUGUGAGUUCCUCUGUUUUGUUCCUGUAUUUCAGCUCAUCCGUAUUUAAUCUAAAUUCGAUCGGCCUGGGUGUUUGUCUGCUUUAGGGGAAGCAUAAACAAACAGACAGCCAGGCAGCUGAAAUACGGGUUUCUUCCAGUGCCUCAAAAUGGCGUCAUUUGCUUUUUCCUUCGGACAGACCUCACAGCUCUGGAACCCCCAGUGUCGAUGUUCUCUCCCUCUUCCCUUACUAACCAAUCAAUCAGAACCAAGUGUCUUUGUGAUGGUAGAAGACAAUCAAUUUCAAAUAGCAGAGACAAAAAAAAAAGAAAGAGGGAGAGAGAAAGAGAGUGAUGGAGGAGGGCAGAGAAAAUGACUGGACAGGAGAAAUGGGAGGGGAGGAGAAAGGAUGGCUCUUAGAGAAAUCAGUGUGUAUGUAUGUGUGUGUGUGUGUGUGUGUGUGUGUGUGUGUGCGUGUGUGUGGUCACCUUUAACCUCUGCAGAGUGGCCUUUACGGUGGGGGUUGAGGCAUCCAGGACAGGACCCUCCCCCAGCCACGAUGGAGGUGGUGACGGGUACUUGUUAAGUGGACAUGUAAUCGAAGAUGUUGAUCAAAUGCCCACAUACGCACACACACGCACAUGCACAUGCACACGCACACAUGCACACACGCACACGCACACACACACACACACACACACACACACACACACACACACACACACAAGAGCUUUCUUCUGAUUUUCAUCUCCCAGGAACACAGUGAGUGUGUCAGUCGUCUGUCUGCCUUCAGCCUGUGGAGGGAGACUCAAGUAAUAACUGGAACAAAUAAUACACCAAGUGAAAACCAGUAUGGUUAAAUUGUGUGUUUUGACUAAAACAAAUAAAGAAACAAGCAAUUGGCUGACUUA